AUGUCGAGACAGCAGGUUACCGUCACCACUUCUGAUGGUGUCGACAUCACAAUUGAGCGACAGGUUGCCGAAGUCUCCAUCCUCAUCAAAAAUCUCCUCUCGGACUUUGGAUUCCAGUCUGAUGACUUGAUACCAGCUAUUCCAAUACCCAAUGCACGUUCGCAGUUCACAUCCUGCAUGAUGACUACUAACAUGGAGGAAAAGGUCAACGAGCGGGUAAUGCACAAGGUGCUUGAUUGGUGUAAGCGCUACAGCAAUGAUGGUGCGACCGGCAACAAUGAUUGCAGCACCUGGAACGAGGAAUUCAUUCAGGUCGACGGCUUCAUGCUCAUUGAGAUCAUCCGGGCCUCGAACUACUUGGACAUCAGCGCUCUUCUUGACCUCAGUUGCAAGACAGCGGCCAGCAGAAUACCAGCAAAAUCCCUUGCAGGAAUCAAAACCAUGUUCAAUAUCAGAGAUUAUCAGAUUCCGCGGCAUAAUGGUCUCGGCUCUUCUGGAUAUCCCGAAACGGGUGAUAUUCUCCCAUUUGUCACCACUUUCCAACCUUCGCUCGCCGGCGCCUUGCUCGUACGUCAGUGUCUCGAAUGCGCUCUUCCAUCUGAACUGGUGAAUCCAAUCGUGUCUCUUGGCUACAGCCCGUGGGUGGUGAAACGCAAAGUGGAGAAUGUCGAUUAUUAUGCCGAUGACGCGGUCAAUGGAAGCAUGGCUGGACUUUACAUGGCCACGGAGCCAAUCCCCUACCCGGAUCCAUCGACUGGAAUUCAUCGAGUUGUCCCCAAACGGAUUAUCUUCCAAACCAGGGCAGCGGAUCGGGGAGUGGGUCUGGGUCCGAAUGAAGCCACUGCAGAUAUCGACUCGUGGUUUGAAGCCAGCAUUCUACGACCUUUGCCUGGAAAUCUCAAAGGCGAUGACUUGAACGAAGCCCUUAAGGAAAGCCAAGAUGGCGAAGAUGGGUUUCAAGAACAUUUCAACUCUGUCAGCGUCGCAGCUGAGGAUCUGAAAGAGAGAGGCUGGGAAUUCGUGGAGACCGAUGACGGGGAGGUCUCUUGGAGGCAACAAGGCUCUAUCAAUUUUGUGAGAGCGACGGCAAUCGAGAUCGAAUUCGAGGUUCCUUGA